GAAGUCGCAAGAUGGCUGACGUCGCUUGAAAGUACGUUCCUCUCCUCAGUAUGAAGUUGUGAGUGAGAUAGAGAGCGAGGGAGCUUACGGUGGCGUUUUGUUUUUGUUUUAUUUUACUUUAUUUUAUGUUUAACCAACCAUUUCAUUCCGAAACGCACAUGUCUCAGAUUUCUUUCGGCUAGUUGAGUCGUCAGUCACACCGGGCUAACGAGCUAAGUUGGCGAGCUAGCUGGUGUGUUCGCUGCAAAGCUGCAGGUUUAGGUGAAAUCAGUUGGCGAGCUUCUUGUCGAUUUCAAACACAUUCUGUUCAGUCUUUACACAAUCCAGCGACUGUAAUCGGAUACUAAUCGAGAAACUUUCCAAACAAAUUGAGUGGCAUUUUUUUUUAACCGUAAGUUAGCUUUACAGUCAAGGCUAGUUUGCUAGCAUGUAGGAUUAUAUUUUGGACCUUUUCACCGUCGACAUCAUUAGUGCCGCCGUUAUCUCCCACCGUAAACUAAACUUGGUCAUGGUUUCCCAUCGGGCGACGUUAUAAUUAAUCCAGUAGUCUGUAAAUCUAGGCAUUACACUAAAACGCAGAGUGAAGAAUGGAUAUACAUUGCACAUUCAGAAACUGUAGCCUCGCCCACGACUAGAUUUUUCACAGAUUUAUACACUCAGUAGACACGAUUCAUUUUCAACUCCCGUUUACUAGUUGCACGCUUCUUUACUCAGCUCGAUUGAUUUAGAACUCUGGAAAGGGCGUGCUCUUUUGCCACAUCUACUACACGCACACUCCGGAGACGUAAACAGGACAGAAGUACGAAAACAUGGGAGUGCAGGGCUUUCAGGAAUAUUUGGAGAAGCGAUGCCCGGGCGCCUCGGUUCCGGUAGAUCUCCUGAAACUGGGCCGAACUGCGAACCGAAAUCCUCCACACCACCACCACCAUCAUCCUCAUCCCCACCACCAUCCUCAUCACCCAAACGCGCUGCCUGCGCCUCUUCCGCCGCCCGCGCGCAUCCUCGUGGACGCAGACUCGGGCCUGCAGCGCCUCUACGGCGGCUACCAGACCGACUGGGUGUGCGGCGGCGAGUGGAACGCCAUGCUCGGCUACUUGGCAGCGCUGUCGCAGGCCUGCCUGUACCAGGGCGGCCUGGAGCUCGUCGUGGCCUUCAAUGGCACCCUGGGCAAAGAGCGCUGGCCCGAGUGGGCGCGCCGAGCACAGGCCCACAGACAGACGGCGCAGCUCAUCGUCAACCACGUGGGCAGUAAAGGCACACCGCCACCGCGCGCCUGGUUCCUGCCGCCCGCCUGCCUCAGCCACUGCGUCCGCCUCGCCAUGUUCCGCUUCCGCGUGCGGGUGGUUCAGACCCUAGAGGACCACCACCAGGAGGUGCUAUCUCUGUACAGAGACUUUGGAUUUCAGGGCCUGAUUGCACAGGACUCAGAGUUUGCGCUAUGCAAUGUCCCGGCCUAUUUCAGCUCUCAUGCACUCAAGCUCUCCUGGAACGGCAAGAAUCUGACCACUCACCAGUACCUACUGUCUGAGGCUGCUCGCCAGCUGGGCCUCAAAACCCAGCACUUGCCCAUUUUUGCUGCCCUGCUUGGUAACCACAUUCUGCCAGAUGAAGACCUGGCUGCCUUUCAUUGGAGUCUCUUGGGUCCAGAACACCCUCUUGCCUCCCUCAAGGUAAGGGCUCACCAGUUAGUCCUCCCUCCCUGUGAGGUUGUGAUUAAGGCUGUAUCGGAGUAUGUGGCAUCUAUUCAGGACCUUGGAAACCUGGAUGCUGUCGCCAGAGAUGUGUUCAAACAGUCUCAGUCUCGGACCGAAGAUAAAAUCGAAAGAUUUAAGAAGGCGGUGGAAUACUUUUCAGCGGCCAGUAAACCCAGACCUCUUACCAUGGGACCUUCUCCUUACCUCUUGCCAGGUUUUGGGCCUUGUCAGUUUGGUGGUCCACCAGGCCACAUGGGGGCAGUGCAGUCUGGGAAAGCCCAGGUUGGUCCACCCCAGGUAUCAGGUGUUAAGGUGCCUUAUUCCGGUGGGCCCUACGGCCCCGUCCCAGCCUCUACCCUUCUGUUUCAGAACCCGCCUCCACCACUGCAGGAAUGCAACGAUUCUCUUGUUGGGAAAAUGGGCUUUGGUGAUUGGUCCGCUCCUUAUGAUUCCACUCAAGUUGGCAACCGACUGCCGAAUCACCACACAGCUGCUCCUUCAGGCACUUCCCCAUCACCAUCGUCAUCUUCAGAUGGGGAGGAGCAAAAUGACACCAGCACUAAUCAUUUGGCUGAAAAGCCCUCUAGAUGGGAAGAGCCCAGUGGCCGUGGGGGUGGAGCCUCCGGGGAGGGUCCCCAAGGCAACGGGAGUGGGCCAUCUAUUCCGUCACUGCUGUCCAUGGCGACACGGAGUCAUAUGGACAUUACAACUCCACCCCUUCCACAGGUCAGCGCUGAGGUGCUACGAGUGGCAGAGCACAGACACCGAAGAGGUCUCAUGUACCCACAGAUAUACCACAUCCUCACCAAGGGGGAGAUGAAGAUGCCAGUGUGUAUAGAGGACGAGUGUAACCCUGACCUUCCUCCUGCCUCUUUGCUGUUCCGCUCAGCGCGGCAGUAUGCCUAUGGCGUGCUGUUUAGCCUGGCUGAGACCCAGCGGAGACUGGAAAGGAUGGCCAUGCGUAAGCGUACUCCACUAGAGGUGCCCCCAGUGAUAGUUAAGGAGUGGUGUGCCAGUAAGGCCAAGUCAGCCUUGACCCCUGAGCUUGUUCCAGCUAUGUGUUUCCGCGAGUGGACCUGUCCCAAUCUAAGGCGUCUUUGGCUUGGCCGUGCCUCUGAGGACCGCAGUCGUCGCACACGAGCCUUCUUGGCUUGCAUGAGAUCAGACUGCCCUGCCCUGCUUAACCCGUCCUGUGUGCCAUCACACCUGCUGCUCAUGUGCUGUGUACUCAGGUAUAUGAUGCAGUGGCCAGGUGGCCGCAUUCUCCAACGCCAUGAGCUUGAUGCCUUUUUGGCUCAAGCGGUGUCCAACCAGCUCUAUGAGCCUGAUCGACUGCAGGAACUUAAAGUGGAGAAAGUGGAUAACCGUGGUGUGCAGCUGGCCUCUCUCUUUAUGAGUGGCGUGGACACUGCCCUUUUUGUGAAUGACGUGUGCGGCCAGCCACUCCCAUGGGAUCACUGCUGCCCAUGGGGCUUCUUCGACGGCAAGCUGUUUCAGAGCAAACUUGCCAAGGCUACCAGAGACAGGGCUGCUCUGUUGGACAUGUGUGAAGGCCAGGAGGAGCUGGUGUCCCGAGUUGAGAAGAUGAGGCAGGCUAUUCUGGAGGGCAUCAACCUCUCUCGGCCUCCUCCACCACCUCCACCUUUGCCACCCCCAGCCUUCCUGCCCCCUGCCAUGGUGCCACCGUUCUACCCUAUGCACCCACUGUAUCCACCUCGACCCUUGGGCUCCAUGCCUCCUCCACACCACCAACACCGACCAAGAGCUUUCCCAGGUAUCCAGUCUAUACCUCCUCAAGGUGGGAAGCUAGAAAUUGCCGGCAUGGUUGUUGGCCAGUGGGCUGGAAACAAACCAGUGCGUGGCAGAGGAGGCUUUAAUGUACAGGUGGUAUCCGUGGGAGGAGGCAAAGGACGGGGUAAAGAAGUGACACCAAAAGGAAGGGGAGGGAAGAAAAUUAACACAAAUCGAACACAGAAUCUCUCCUCCUCACCUCCCUCAUCCAGCCCCCCGAAGCUGGCAGAGGAGCCCAAAACGGUGGGGCGGCCUGCUGAGAGAGCCGGCGUUGUAUCCCAGCAGCUGAACGGCAGCUCUUCAGGAAGCGCCACUGGCCAACCUGUUGACCUGCCACCACUGGCCCAGCCAAUCCAGUGUGCCUUAGCCAGCAAAGACAACCAAUCAGGAGAUGGGGUGGAGGUAGAGGCCCCAUGUUGCCUUGACGACUGCUCGUCAGAUGGUGCACUACAAAAAGAGGAGUAAUUACAUCCCAUAGUUUAACGAGAAUGAUUGAGUUGAGAGGGAAUGUUCCAAGUUCGACUGCCUUUUUCCUUGCAAAACAUAAUUAGGCACAGUAGCUACUUCGUGUUGUCAUAAGAAUAAUUUAUGAUGUUACAGAUGCUGGAAACUAUCGAUGGACAGUGUGAGAAGGAGUGCGGUCUAUGUCACCUUACCAGUAGGUUCUGAUUUGGAGCUGAGCAAAGUUAAAAAUCGCAACCUCUUGAUUGCACAUUGCACUGAAUCUUUUUGAUUCUGGACCUCAGCCUUUCCACUGCCCCAUCAGGGUUGUAGCAUUGUGACAAGCUCUCAGUCUUUUCACCUUUCUAGCUUUUUUUUUUUUUUUUUUUUUUAAUUUUAGAACAUUUUAGAUUGUUGGUUAUAUUUGUACUAUUGCCUAAAAUGGUGACAGUAGGCCCCUUUUUUUGCCCAAAGUAUAUUCUAAUCAAAUCCACACUUACAGCCAGUGCAUUUCAAGAGCAGCAUACUUACCUUAAUAAUCCCAAAGCAUUUCUGAAUUAAUUCCAGAGAAGAUCUUGUCCCUUAACCAAUGCUGUUGAUCAUCCUGGCUGUCAGUCACACAUCAUGCAUCUGACAAUUGAACCAUGAGCCUUCGUGCAGAUUUAAUGCACCAUGAUUCUCCCUCAUUUAUAUACACAACAUUGAAUUGCUAGCAUGAGCUUUGUAUUUAAUAUUUCUUAAGUAGCAUGUUACACAAAUUGUGUUGACCUUUUGACAUUUGUUAUAUGCUUCUAAAAUGCGUAGGUGUAGAUGUGUAGGUCCCCUUCUCUUUUUUUUUUUUUUUUUUAACUUUAUUUUAUUUAUUAUUUCCACCCCCUUCCUCCUCCCCCCUCUCCUUCUUUUUAAUACACGUUUAGUAAUUCUCAGCAAAAAAUUGUUCUUGGUAAUUGGGUCACAAGAGUUGUCCAAACCUACACGUAUUUCUUUUUAAAAUGAUGUUCUGAUAAUGUAAUGCAUAGUACAUAAGGUAAAGCCCUGUUGCUAGUGGUAUUUCAGGCAAGGCAAAAGUCGAAUUAGGACCCUGUUUAAAGUUAAUGAAUUGUCCCUGCUUGAGCACUGCAACAAAGUAAGACACUCCAGUGCCAUCGUAGGUUCGUGUCAAAGGGAUUGUCCUUACAAAUAGUGAUCUAUAGCUACCAGUGAAUUUUUAAAGCUUCUCGACAGUGAGAAUAGCAUCAGUUGUUAUUCGUUAUUAGUCCAUAGCACUGUUCGUUUGAAUCAUCCUUUGAAGGGGAAUUAUGUCAUAUUUUGUGUGUUGUGUUUUUUUUUUUUUUAAAUUAGUUUGAAAUUAAGUGGUUUUGCGGCAUACAAUAAGGGUCCAAAAAUCCUGAAUUUGUUGCAUAAAAAUAGGUUGGGUCACGUUUGUAAUUACUUACAAAUGGUAUAUUACGAAUUUCAGUGAUCCAGGUUCUGCUCAUCACAGUGCUGAGAGAUGUGAUGUAAAGAAGUGAGACUGCUGCUGUGUCAGUCAGGGAUGGUAUUUCGCCAUCUCCUCUCAGUAGCUUUUUCAUAUAGUUACUAACUCUGAAUUAUUAUUAAUUUUUUUUUUUUAAGUUUGUCCCACAUCAUCUACUCCAGUAAAUAGACAUACAGCACUUGUAAUACCCAUUGACAGAGCUGCUAAUAGUGUUAAGAUUUUAUUUUAUUUUUUUUAAUCAGUCUUUUAAAGCACCUUAUGCCCCGAGAUAUAUAGAUAUGCAAGCCCCAGUACCAAACCGUAAUGGAAAUGCCCUCUGAAAUUGAUUGUAGCCUAACAAAUAAAGCACUUAUUUAUGUAUAAUUCUAGAACAGUAGAAUUGCAGACGAUCAUUAGUCUACAUAGACCAAGAAACCGGGGUAAGGAAGUGGAACUCCUUAAAUCUGAGACACAGUUGGGUGAAAAGCCACACCCUCGAGUCAUUUCAUUACAUGAAUAUAUGGUGUUCUGUUUUCGUGACAUUAAACCCAUAUGUGUUGUUUCUAUGACUGCCCAUGGACCUUCUGCACUUUUCAGAGAGCAUUUUAUUGAAGGAAAAUGGGUUUAAAGUAAUCCACCUAGCAUGAAAAUCCUCCAGAUUUGAAACACAAUUUGACAUCUUGACACAAAGGAAAUGCUCCUUUGUGACCUUUUUGUACUAGUAAUUAUGGGGAUGUUGGGAAUGAGCUUCAGUUUGUAUCAAAGAACAAAUACAAUAGAGAGAGGCUCUUUUGACAAAUAAUUUUAAUUAGAAAUCUUUAAUACUGAAUUUCGUUAGUGUCUGUGCAGGUAUGUUAAUAAGAUGCACCUUAUUUUGUUACGAUAUGGAUAGAUGCUAGUUUAUCAUGUGCCACAAAUUGUAUAUCAAAAGCUCUAAAUAUUGCAGAACGACAGACAUAUUUAUGUUUGUAUAUUCUAAAAGUUUUUGCGGAAUCCCCUCCAUUUAGUUUAACUUGUUUAAGUUUAUACAUGUGUACCGCAGAGAUAUACACAAAUAGUCAGCAGUAACCUUUACACAAUUGUUCGUCAUUGGCUACGUCCAAGUUCAUAGAAGCAAAGACAUGAUGUGACCGUCUUGAACAUACGCGAACUAUGAUAAAUGGGUAUUAAUCAAGACCAUAGCAUUGCAAGUAGUGUACAGUACUUCAAUCCAUACGAGACCGUACUAUACACACGCACACAACCGCAAACCGUUCAAACUUUGGUUGUAUUUAAUGAUGAAAUUUCAGCAGUGCGCAUAAUGGAAGGAUCUUCCAUCAUGAAUUAAGCACGCCAAAAAAACACACACACACACGCGCGCACACACACGUUUAUACCUAUAAACAAACAAUUAUUUCAGACUUAAUGUAGAUCGUUGUUCAGUUUUCAGUUUCCAUUUAAGGUAGAUACAAAAUUUCAGUCACAUCACUAAGCAGGCAGAUUGUCAUAGAAUACCAGAUAUCAGUUACAUUUAGCUUAAUCUUAGUAUCAAUGAUAUUAACACACCCAUAAUUCAUACACGCCCAGAAAUGGACAUAAACAUGUAUACACACACACACACGUGCGCGCGCGCACACACACGUACGUGCAUAUGUAGAUGUUUUCUUUUAGAGAGACACCAGUUAGUACAAGAGAAAAUGUAACGUUAUUUAGGAUUUCUUUUUGUAUUUGAUAUAGUUGAUUACUUGUAAUGCUUAAUUAGUGAUUUCACAUGUGUGGUUCCCAAGUUACCCUCUGCAGAGCUUCUUAUCUGGCUUUUACGUGUUCUUUUUUUUUUUCCCACUGUUCUAACCUUUUUCUUGUUUGCCAUUUUAAUCAGACAUUCGUUGAGAGUUCACUAUACCCAAGAUAGAUUAUGUAUGAUCAUUUACAGUAUUAUAAAGGAUACAUGUUCUGAUUUUUGAGGUACAACCAAACCUUAUCAUAUGCCUCCCCCCCCCCCCCCCCCCAUCCUAAUCAGUCCUGUUCAAUCAGUGGUAAUAUAGAACAUAUGUGGAUUUAUUCAUAUGGCGCUAGAUACUGUACUGCACUAUUUGUUGCUGAUUUUAAGAAAUCCCUGUCUUGGUGUUUGAAUAUAGCGUUACUAAUACACACUCUCACAGUUCACAUGCUUGCUUUGUGUAGUUUUGCAGUAACAACCAGAUUUCUUCCCGAUCUUUUCUUAAAAAAAAAAAAAGAAAGAAAAAGAAAUGGAAAAAAGGCUGUCACCUCUUCUUUCUCUCGUUCCAUCAUGUCUAGACUCUUUUUGUCUUUUCAUUUAUGUCUCAGUUGUGGACUUUGUUGCUCCUGCUGCAGUGUUGUCUCCUUACCCCAUCAUACUAACAGUAAAGGUAAUAUUAACGACAAUAAUUACGCUUAUAAUCAAUCUGUAUGUAAUUGUAGCCAGAAGUUGGAAACAGAUAUUUUCAGCGUUGAACAAAAAAAAAAUUUUACCUAACCAUCUUUGGUUUGAAAUUGUGAAAAUUGUGUUUUUUUUUUUGUUUUUUUUUUUCUUGCUAUUUAAAAAAAAAAAAUUACUUCUUUGACCAUCGCUACAGUUAGUAUUAAAUACACUUUAGUUACAGGUAGAUAUUUGACAUUGGUAAUGAUUUAUUGGUAUCUUUUCCUUAUUGCUAUUGUUUCAGACCACUUCACCAUUAGGAUAAAAUUGUAGCCAUGAGGCAAACCUAAACUUUUUUUUUUUUUUGAACAUUUUGAGAUGCUUCAAUUAAUCAGUGAAGGUCAUUCAAAAGCUGUUAAAUUAAACCUUAACCAUUGCAUCCUUGCACAAAACAGAGAGUUAUCUCUGCUACUAAAAACCAAAGUGCAUACUCUAUUUGUCAACCCAAAUUCCAGUUCUUUCUUUCGUUUGUGGAAAUCAGAGUUCUACUACACAGUAAUUGAGAUCAUAACGUACAUUAUGGGUCCAUUGACAAAUAUUAAAUGAAGGAAACAAUGUAUUUUACAUCUUUUUGGUGAAAUGUGGCUGAGGUGCGUGUUGUCCGCUUUCUUUGCUAACAGUUUUUCCCUUUGAUGAAGUGUAGCCUCAGAUGCAAGUCUUGAUGCGGUUAAAUCCUAGCACCCUCUACAGUUACAGCUUGGGAAAUGUAGCUUCAUCAGUCGUCAUGCCCUGGGGAAAUAUAAGCACAUAACUGUUAACAGGCUCAGUCACAAAUUGGCCUGAAGAGUCCUUGCCUGUGCAUUCCUAUACACGUGUCUGGAGAUUAGAUUUGAUUUUUGCUUUAAAAUCGUUCCCUUCUAUCCCAGCUUUGAAACCCUUCACGUCACAGGACCGCCUGUGCGCUUUUGACCGGUGUUGUAAGGUUUUGAGCCUGUUAGCGAUAACAGCAGUGUUUUGUGUACAAUGGUUCCCUGCCAUUCCCCUCUACUCUUGCUGGAUGAGUGCCCAUGUUUUAUCCUCUUGUUUUUAGAGCAUGUUGCCCCUGCAAUGUUGUCAACAUUUUCAAGUGACGACCCGGUCUCAUUUGUAGGCAACACAUUGUCAUCUAAUCCAUUCACCAGGAUAAACGCGUUGAUGCAUGCAUCAAGGUCUCCAAAAGAACUUGUGUAGUGAAGGGUGAAACUUCAUUAUUAUUAUUAUUAUUAUUGCUGUUAUGGUUAUGAUCGUUAUUAACAGUUUCUCAUUUUUAGUCAAAAGAAAAGCACCAGGUUGUUUGGGAAAGAAACCUUUUUUUAUUUGUCUUGCUGUUGUGGUCUGAAUUCACGAUGCAGAUGAGAAGAAAGCCAAAAGGCUGAGAGAGAAAGAGUUGAAGUUGGCAGUCAUGUUUGUAUGGUUGGAAAAUGACUUACAGUGCUGAAAUAAAAUUUAUUCUUUUAGUAAAA